GAAGGAUCGUCCUCCCAGCGCAACGCCGAGAGCCAACGAAAAGGAGGAAAAAACAGAGAAACGUGGACAGUGGAGAGGGGGAGAGAGGGAAUGAGAAGGGAGGAAGAAGGAAGGAAAAAGCGAUACGAUUUUUAAGGAAGUAGGGAGGAAAAUUUUAAUUUUUCGAGCAUCACUUUCUCCCUCUCUCUCUUUCAGUUUCUCUUCCGCCCUCGCGUUUAACCAAGCGGCCGAUCCUUUUACUUCUCGAGAAGAUUUGCUCUUUGGCCUCGUGCAGAGAGCGACCCCCCUCUGUCUUUCCUUCUCUUCCUGCGUCUUUGUUCGCCUCUGGACAUUUUCUCCUACUAGCUGAGCUGAAAGACAGCUGCAUAGGCCCUCUCCCUCAUCUGUGAGGAGACGACCAAGACUCGACAAACUUGUUGGUGUUGUUUGGUCACUGGAAGAUGAUGACGGAAGCCAAGCAGGAGGUGAACAAUGAGAAGAAGCCGGAGGAGAAGGUAGUGGACGACCCCAGACUCCAAGCCAUCUCAUCCGCCAUCCGUGUCGUUCCCAAUUUCCCGAAGCCGGGCAUAAUGUUUCAGGAUAUUACUACUUUGCUGUUGCAACCGAAGGCAUUCAAGGACACCAUCGAUCUCUUCGUCGAGCGUUACAAAGACAAGAACAUCUCCGUCGUCGCUGGGAUUGAGGCUAGAGGAUUUAUAUUUGGACCACCGAUUGCUCUGGAGAUUGGUGCGAAGUUUGUUCCACUAAGAAAACCAAGAAAAUUGCCUGGUGAAGUUAUUUCUGAAGAAUAUGUCCUAGAAUAUGGUACAGAUUGUCUUGAAAUGCAUGUUGGGGCAGUUGAACCUGGUGAGACUGCAUUGGUCGUAGAUGAUUUAAUUGCAACAGGAGGCACUCUAUGCGCAGCUAUAAAGCUUCUCGAACGAGUCGGUGCACAGGUGUUGGAAUGUGCUUGUGUAAUUGAGUUACCAGAGCUAAAGGGUCGUGAGAGGUUGAACGGGAAGUCAUUAUACAUACUUGUGGAGUCACAUUGAUCCAAGAGUUGUUGGUGGAGGCUAAUACAUUCUUCAUUGGAGGAACCGUGGUCGACUACUGUGGCAUUGUUCGCACGUAUUCUCUUUGUUGCAGGCAUCACAUUGUUUGCAUUUAUUUUCUUUCUCAGAAACAUCUCCUUUUUUUUUCUCUUCCUACUGGCUACUUUGCGAACAUGAAUCUGUAAUUGUAAAUUGUGGUGCCUCGAAUUAUUCAGAGCAGCCAUUUUUGUUGUUGCAGUCAACUCAUUUUAUUGAAUCUUGCUUGAUCAA